AUGAAGACAUUUCAAUCGCUCAUCACAGCUUUCGGGCUUCUUACUGUAGUCAACGGUUACAAGUACUCCAAUGUAACUGGUAUUGCGUAUACGACUAUCACUACUGAUAUCUAUACCACUGUCUGCCCAUCUGCCACUACUUUCUCCAUGAGAUCCAAGACUUAUACCGUCACUGAUUCUACUACCUUGACCAUCACUGACUGCCCCUGUACAUACUCUACCACCAUUCCCAAGACUGUUCCAACUGUUCCAGCAUCCUCGUCAAGCAAGCCAAGCAGCUCUAUCCCUUCUGUUCCAGCUUCAUCGAGUGUUUCCAGCAGCGCUUCCUCGGUUAUCACCAGCAGUGCCUCUGUUCCUCUCGGUACUGGACCAACUUCGGAGCCUGUCAAACCAACUGAGACCGAGCACACAACAUGGACUACAUACACCACCGACAUUCUUACAACUGUUUGCCCAACUCCAACUACAUUGACUAUUGGAACAAAGACAUAUACCGUCACUAAGUCAACUACUUUGACUAUUACCGAUUGCCCUUGUACCGUUAGCAAGCCACAUCCAUCCAGCACUUCGGUUCCCAUCACCCCUUCGUCGAGCGAGAGCAGCAUUAAGUCAACAUCUACACCAAAGACCACCAUCAUCGUUCCUCCUCACGCUAAUUCCACAUUCUCCGCCCCUACUGCUCCUGCUCCACCAAAGACUACCCCGGUCGUCUGGACUACUACUGUGGUCAGCAGUUAUACCACAUAUUUGCCCAUCUCCCACCACUGUCGCUAUUGGCCCAUGCACAGUCAGCUACUACUCUCAAGUGUUCCUUCUUACACUGCUCCGGUUGCUGUUCCUACACCAAGUACUAUCACCGUCUCUUACUUGACCACGUACUGCCCAGAGCCAACCACAAUUACCGUCAGCUCAGUCCCUCACACAAUCUCAACUCCGGGUACUGUUACCAUUCCAAUUGUAACUGUCUCGGUGUCGACUCCAGUUUACCAGACUACCCCAUCUGCAAAGCCAACUCCAAGCACCAUCACCGUCUCCUACUUGACCACCUACUGCCCUGAGCCAACCACCAUUAUCGUCAGCUCAGUUCCCCACACAAUCACAGCUCCUGGAACUGUCACGAUCCCAGUCGUUACGGUCAGCGUUGGAACUCCUGUGUACGUCACACCAGUUCCAUCUGUAUCAUCUAGCUCUGCACCAGUUGUUUCUGUUGGCACUCCAGUUUACCCGACUAUUCCGGUUGCCAGCGUCCCAGUUGCCAGCGUCCCAAUUGCCAGCGUCCCAAUUGCUAGCGUUCCAGUUGCUAGCGUUCCAGUUGCCAGCGUCCCAGUUGCCAGCGUUCCAAUUGCUAGCGUCCCAGUUGCCAGUACCCCUCUCGCCAGUGUCCCGGUUGCUACCGUUCCAGUACCAACUUCCGCAGCAGCAACUUCUUCCCCAGCUACCACUUUGGCAUCAACACCUGCUACAGUCGCCAGCGCUACCUCGUCGCUCCCCGCUCAAUUCACUGGUGCUGCCAUGAAGUUUGAUGCUAGUUUCGGUGCUAUGGCCGUUGCUGGUCUUGCAGCCUUGUUGAUGUAA